CGUAUUGAUGAUACGAAUGAGUCAAGACACACAUACACACACUCUGGCUGUGUCUGACAUGCACCGGCAUGCCAAUCAGAAACACACACACAGAGACCAAUCAUGGCAAAAGGACAACCAUCAGCUAUCAAGCCAUCAAGCAACCAUCCGAUGCACUCACUGAUUGGAACAUUCAUGUCAAGCACACAGUGUGUACACAGCCACACAAGCUUGUCAGCCUCCCACUUACAUCCCCUCCAUCCUCCCCCGCGCUCAGAGCAUUGGAAUCAAUCCGACCCGCUUCCUGAAGACACAGACACGUCCAUUAGCUGUGCAUCCGAAGCAUGAAUGUGCCUCCCAGCCCUCCCUCCCUCCCCUCUCACCCGUCAGAAAGUAGGAAGGGCACGUGUACUUCAGUGACGUACCGAAAAGCACCUCUUGCUCAUUCAGUGAGGGCACAAUCCACGUGAUGCCCGUAUCUCUCUCCCUCCUUGUCAUUGCCUGUGACGGUCUAGUCCUCCCCCCAGCCGCACCCCGCAGCCACACACACACUUGUACGAUGGUGCUGGACUGCGGGUGGCCGAAGGAUAGCUCACGGCGAGCUGCACAUAGGUCGAUCUUGUCCUUGUCUGGGUAGCGGGAGUCUGGCUGGGGAAGGACAGUGCCGCGCUUGGUGCACUGAUAGCACCAAAUCUCUUGCAGCCGGCCGUCCAUCGUCACAGCAAUGAAGAAAUCGAAUGUCGGGAAAGAGUGCCCCUGCAAUACGAAUGCUGCGUGCCCCGUCUUGAGCUGUGUGUGCCACUCAAGAUGAGUUGAUAGCCAUCCCGUUUCUUCGAGAGCUGAGCCGAGGAUAUCAUCAGUGCUGCUCCAGGUGCCACUCGAAAUGUGUCCUCCAAAUUGACACCCCGGCUGCUGCACGACGACUUCGGGCAGGAGGUCAGUGAGCUCUGUGGGCAUGGCUGGGAGGCCCUGAGAGCCUUGGCCCUUGAGCAACAUAUCACUCUGAAAACACACACACACACACACACACACACGUACGCACGCCCGCGCGCAUGAACCAUGUAUAUACCUUCCCCUGACCUGUAUCAGUCGCAAUAGAACCGCUGCCGCACAAGAUCCCUCCCACUCCUUGCCCGACUCAUGGAUGCUGAUGAGACGCCCCAAAUUGUGCGCGAUGACAUUUAAACCCUGACGCACAUGCACGCCGAGCCUGCGUUCGAGGGGGUAGAGAGAUAGGCUUUUGAAGACUCCAGAGAGAUAGCAUGCAGGCCACACGUGGAGGACAGGGCCCUUCUGUUGUCUGCUCGACGACUCCUCUUCAGCCUUGGUGCCCUCUGACUGUUGCCUCUCCCCUUCCUUGAAGACGUCCAAUAGCUUAGACCAUUCCUUGACGGUAUCGCAGCUUGGCUGGUUCCCGUUGACGGCUGUUGUCAGGACGCACCGCAGGAGAUUGACCGCUGCAUCGGGUUCAUUGGCUGCCGGGCUGCCCCAUAGAAGCUGAACCUUUGCAUCGAGGGGCUCCUUAGUGUGACGCCAAUCACAAAUUAAUCCAGGGGACCUACCGGCCCAGCAAACCUCGCCCGGCUUCGCGCGAAGGAGGCUCCGCACGUGGCUGAGGUCUUGUUCGUCGAUAACAGGGAGCUGCGGUUGGAGCACUGGCCUGUUGCUGUCAGAGGCAAGGAAGUCGUUGAGGCUGCUCGAAGUGGCGGCGACGUGGGUGGUAAAGACAAAGUACCGGUUUUUUCUGAGCAAGAAUGUGCUCUUCAGGUACUUGCCGAGUUCUUGGUACUCACUGCUGUCCCUCUCAGGACGCACGAACUCUAGAAAGAAACAAAAAGACACAUGCAUGAGCCGUGCAUUCUAAACAUACAGUGCACCCCUGCCAUCCUUACGAUUUAGCUCGUCGAUCAGCAGCACACAUGGAUGAGACGACAGCCAGGCAUCGACGGUCUCUUGAUCGACGUUCGCGUGGCUGGCGAAGUGAUCGAAGUAGAGAUCAGCCACGUCUUCACCAGCUGCCUUGGCCACCUUCUCUUUCAACUCAUCUUUUGCAGCAGCCCACGCAAGUCGCAUGAGCAGCGGCCGUGUAGUGGUGCCUUCCCUCCGCUUAAGAGCGGUCUGGUCGCAGAAGCCUAUGUAGAUAGGGCUGAGGCCCUCUUCCUUCAGCUUGCGACCGACCUGUGCAAUAAGCAUGCGAUCGAGUCGAGUCAAAAGGGAGGGGUUGCACGGCGGGACUUUGAGCGAAUCGACUCAAUCCGUGUACCUCCGUGAGCAUGCGUGUCUUGCCGCCACGGGAGAAGCGGGUCAGGGACAUUGGCGCCACGCGAUGGUCGGUGAAGUCUGUGGCUUGUCGGUACUCAGGCAGCAGAAGUGCAUACACCUUGUUGACCGCUGAUGCCCCGAUGAACUCCGGAGGCUCAGAUAUCUCCAAUUCCGGCAGCGGGACAUCAGCGGGGAGGUGAAGGUCGCUCACUGUCACUUGAACGGGCUCUGCACACACAUGUCACACACACGUCCGUGACCUGCCCUGUCUGUAUGUGCCUUCUCGUGUCGUAUACGUACCGUCCAACUUCCUUUUUUUGGACUGAGCAGCUUCACUCAUGCUGUACGUGGCAGGGAAAACCGGUUCACGCGUGCGUGAUCUGGCAGCAGGAGAUCUGCAAGAUGCAGCAGUUUCAGACUCGCAGACAGAGGGUUUCAG